AUGAGCUGCGCAGCAAAACCCACGAAAGGAAGAGGGUGUAAAGUGGAUCCGUGGGUAAGGAUACCGGGUCUUGAAAAAAGGCGUCUCUUGGCUAAAAAUGCCAGGGCUGUAGAAUGUUAUGUCCAUAGACGCAUUGAAGAGGGUGCAUCGAUGGCUGCACGCUAUACGGGGUAUGCAGGCUCGCCAACCACAUGGCAAUUUAAGCUGAGCGAUCCGACCCACUCACACGUUUUAUCGUCUACACCGAUUACCACGUGGCUCCUAGUCGACGCAUUUCCAAGACGAAAACCACAUGGGCAUCCAGGUACAGAAGCUUAA